ACUGGAAUCGCAAAUAGACUCUUUUCAAAUGUUCGUCUAUCUAUUUUUAUGUCAACAUAAUUCACAAACGAAUGGAAAAUUUUAUAUAUUGAAGAGUCACUCUAAACUGUUUAGCUAAAUAAAUAGAAUAUUAGACUACUAAUAGAUAACACAUUAAACCAGGUAAUUCGUUAUCAUCGAUUAAUCUUACCUGAACGAUAUAAUGGACCCGAUUAUCGACUGGCAAAUAUCCCGACAUGAUAUCAAGUCCCGGGGACAGUAUCUUCUGGAAACUGGUAAAUGGGCCGAUUGUCACUUUUUAGUUGGCCAAGAGCCGAAUCAUCAGAUGUUGGCCGGGCACAAGCUGAUAUUGGCGAUGGCAUCACCCGUGUUUGAAGCAAUGUUCUUCGGUGGACUUGCGGAAAAGAAUGACCCUAUUCCUAUUUUGGAUCUAGACCCUUCUGCGUUCAAAUCAUUGUUGGAGUACAUUUACACAGAUAAAAUCAGCAUUAAUUCGGUGGACAAAGCUUGUGAACUGUGCUACGGAGCCAAAAAGUACAUGCUUCCUCAUGUUGUAGAACAAUGUAUAACAUUUUUGUGGUCGGAUCUAUGUCCGAAGAAUGUAUGUCGUGCUUACGAAUUUGCCAAGCUUUUCGAGGAGCCUCGUUUGAUGGAGAAGUGUUUACAGAUAAUGUGCACCAAGUCAAUUGAUGUUAUCCAAGAUUCAAGUUUCGAAGAUGUUGAGCUCAGCACUAUAAUUACCAUACUUGAUCAAGAUGUACUUAAUAUCGAUUCUGAACUGAAUCUCUUUUGGGCUAUAAACAAGUAUGCAGAAAAGCAUGGGCUAUGUUCUAGUCGUAGCCAUGAGUCCAAUCAAACUGGUAACGAUCAAGAUACGAUUGCUGCGCCUCAGUCACCCCCUAGUGUAGAUGUGGAAGCCGGUUCAUCUAAUGACCAAAGCAACAAUCAGAAUAUAAUCGGGAAUAAUGAGCAAGCUGGUCCAGCUGUAGCGAUCGUAAAUGCGGGUCGUCAACAGGAACUGCCUACGAUUCGUGAUGCCAUUCGUCGCAUUCGCUUUCUAUCGUUGAAUCCUCAACAGUUUGCGGAUGGACCAGCCAGAACUAAUUUAUUAACGCAGUCAGAGGCGUUUGCUAUUUUGAUGAAUAUUUCCACUUCAAACAGUUGCUACCCGAUGCCGGAGGGUUUCACUACAAACAAAAACCCGAGAAAUGCUUUUACUGACUCUUCUCCAUCCAGCCCAAUACCUGGUCCUAGUGGAAAUCCUCUGCCUAUGACUCUACGACCAGGUACAUCAAAUGGUGGUUUAUUUCCCCAACAUGUUCCACCUCCACAACCGGCACCUUUACCGACCAAAGCCGUCCCAGCUCCUGCCCUAGCUCCGGUCCCACCAGUACAUCCGGAUGACCCAGAUAGUCCUUACUAUCUUGAGGAAAUGCGAAAUAAUGACUCAAAUUACGAUCGCAAAUAUUACUGUCGCAGGAUUAUGCGACAACAGACAGAAUGUCUCAACACAUCCGUUCUGGAUUGUUCAUUGACUUUCAUAGUGGAUCGUUCAGUGUGUAUUACCGGAAUUGAAGUUCCGACCCAAGUACAAGGUUCAACAAUCGUUGGAAAUGAUCGUUAUUCUGAGUUAUUAUACGCACAUUUGCUCGAUGCGCACGGUUCACGCCUGACUUAUACUCAUUGCAAUCAGCGUGUCCAGUACAACUCGAUGUUGGAGAUUUCUUUCGAUAGACCGGUAUUCAUCCAAAGGCACAAGAUGUACAAAAUUGGUGUUGUUUUCAACAAGGUCGGCUGGUAUCCAGUAAGCCAAUCCGUUGCAAAGGUCAACUGUGACAACGUUGGUUUUACUUUUUGCGUCGGAUCUCAAUCGGAAUCAGUGCGUGAUGGACUUAUUCGAACCAUAGUUUUCACCUAUACUCGUGAUGGAAUUUCGUACACAUAAUAAGAUAAAUUCAACUGUGUUUCGCACUGCAAUCGAAAUCAUCUAAUAGGAUUAGAAAUAUGCGAUUGUAUGCAAAUAUUCUCAACUGGUAUUGCUAUAUUUUCUUAUUCGAGCGGCCAAAGCCAAAAAUUGGAAAGGUCGACAACGCUUCGUAAACUUUUUAAUGCUAUUGGAAGAAGUUAACAGGCAUAACAUCCGCACUCAUAACCCUUUAGUGUAAAAAAAUGAUUGAAACAAUGCAUACGAAGAAAAAUCUAUUAUGUUACAUUCAACAUUAUAAGUUAACUGAAAACUUCGAUUUUAGUUCGGUUUUUACGAUGAUUUUUUAAAACUACUACAUUGAAAAAAAAGCUGAAUUUUGCACUUGAAACAUAUAGAUGAACUUAUAUAAUUAAAGAAGUUUAACGAGCCAUAGUCGGCCCUUCCUUUUUUUCUGGGCGCUUAUUUCAAACACACGUAAAGAUUUUAUGCUAAAUAAAUUCAAAAAUACAUAAAAUGAUAA